AUGGAUACUUCAUCUCAUGAAGAUAAUCAAUCAGAAAGGGCUGUUAAGAUGAACGAAGACACCAGAGACAAUAACAAAAUGAUUAAAAUAUGCGAUAAGUUAAUUGGUGUAUUUCUGGUGGAUAAACCUACACCAACAGAUUGGAAAAAAUUACUAGCUUUUAGCAGGGAAUGGGACAACAUUAGGCCUCAUUUCUUUAAACGCUGCCAGGAAAAAGCAGAUACAGAGCUGAACCCUGAGAUGAAGCACAAUCUUCUCAGACUUGGUAGAAAACUUAAAGAGAUUGAUGAGGAUGUACAGAGGCAUAAUGAACUUCUUGAAGUAGUAAAAUCCACACCAUCUGAUAAACUUGGUGCUAUUGUUGCUAAGCGGCGUAAAGAUUUCACAGUGGAAUUCUUCAACCACCUUUACUAUGUUGCAGAGUCUUAUCAUGAUGAACCUGAAAAACAAACCGAGUUGGCAAAGCUUGGAAAUGAUUGUGUAGAUGCCCUACAAGCUCAUGAUGAUACAACAGGGAGUCUUGAAGCUUUGGAUGCUGCAGAAUUGAAGUUAAAAGAUAUACUUAAUUCACCUUCGGUGGAUGCUGCUUGCAGAAAGAUUGAUGACUUGGCUGAGAAGAAAGAACUGGAUUCUGCGUUAGUGUUGAUGCUUUCGAAAGCUUGGUCAGCUGCAAAGGGCACUGACAUCACGAAAUCUGAGGCAAAGGAUAUAAUGUUUCACCUAUAUAUGACUGCGGUGGCCAAUCUCCAGAGACAAAUGCCGAAGGAUAUCAGAAUACUGAAACAUCUUAUAAUGAUAGAGGAUCCAGAAGAACGGUUAAGUGCACUUAAUGAUGCUUUUACCCCUGGUCCUGAACUCCUAGGGGACAAUGUUGAUACAUUAUACACGAGUCCAGAGGCGUUGCACACUUGGGCAAGAGCUAUAGUUGAUGCAUAUUAUAACAGCAGAGAAGGCACUCUCCUUGGGCAAGCAAGAGACAUGAUGAAUCCUAAAAUCAUUAAGAGAGUCAAAGAGAUAGUGAAGAUAAUCAAGGACAAAUACCUUUAA